AUGCCCUGCUUCAAGGGCAUCGCCGUGAGCAUUCACGCAAAUGGUGCCCCGCUCUCCGAGCACGGCAUGCAGAAGCAAUCUCGCAUGUCACGCAUCAGCACCUAUAUUCCCGUGCCCUCGCCGCAGCUCAACCCGGACACCUCGCAGCAUGAGCCCGCCCGCUUUGCCAUCUCCAUCACCCUGUUGACUCCUGGUCAUGCGAUCCCCUACACCUCGCCCAAGCCCUCGCCCGAGAACCCAAACCCCAAGCCGCUGUUCGCCGGGCCGCUUCCGUCUUCGAAUGCCGAUCCCUCCCGGCAUGCGAACACCGUCACCCCCUACAUUCCCAUGACCAAUUCAGAGAAUGAGACAAUAGCCGCCUACAUCUACUUUGACGGCCGGGCCAAGGAGGAGGUCGCUACGCUGCUGCGCCCUGGCGAGGAAACCUGGGUCAACAGCCGAUGGGUUCAAGUGCCUAGCAGCGAGGGCGGAGGUCUCGCCGAGCGCGAGUUCCUUUUCCGGGAGGUCGGCCUGGAGCGAUGGCUCAACGGCCUCGACCUGCAAGGCCACGAUGCCGCGGAAAAGGUUGAGAAGAGGAGACAGAAGUUUGAGCGCCGCCAUCGCCGCCAAAAGUCUGCCGUUUCUGCAGGCAUGGACAUGGAAAAAUCAAACCGGUCGCGCGACACGCUUGCCUAUGGCAGCAGCGAGCAACCCGCACUCGAUGAUGGCAUGAUUGAUUCAGGCUCCGACUCCCUGUCCGACGAUGAUGACGAACCUCCAGAGGCAACUGGCCAGAUCAAGGUCGCCAUGUUUCGCGUGAUUGCGUCUGGCGAAAUCAAGAAGGGAGAGUACUCGCCGCAAUUUGACGCCCAUGACGACGACGACGAGGCGGGCGGUGCGGCGCAGGCCGGCAGCAACGGUAUUGAUGCGGAUGUCGAGCACACUACCAGUUUCGCGAAGCCCAAGACAUUGGAUCCCAAGACAAUAAGUACGCAAACAGUCACAGGCAUUGACGGCCCCGACAAGCCCUAUGCUGUUUUUACCUUCUUCUACCGUGGACAACGCCAGCUUUCCAAGAUGGGUAUCCUGCCUUCAGCAAAGGACAAUAAGACUACGCCUGGUGCAAAGCGCCGUAGCACCCAGCUCGAUUUCUCAAAUCUGGGCCCGCUUAAGAAGGAGGGCACGGUGGGAUUCUCCGCCUUUCGAGAUCAGGAAACCGAACGACGCAAGUCGCGCAAGAAGAGUAACGGUGCCAUGGAUGAAGACAGUGAGGACGAUGACGAUGAUUCCAACCCAUUGAGCAAGAUGGAGCAGGAGUAUGAUGCCAAGGUUGACAAGACCAAACUUGGCCCAGAGGAUGCCGAAAUCCAGGCUGAGCUCAAGGCUGGUAUCGACAGAAUUCGCCUUAAGAGACAGCAUUCAGCCGAGCCGCCAAGCUUAAAGUCGCCAUCAGCAGGCCCGACGAACGAGACAACGCCCACAGAUACGACCUCGAAUAUGGCACCGGCUGCUGGCGUCCUGAAUCUGCUGAGCGAAUCCAUGACUGCUGAAUCGGCAUUGGGUAGCCCCAUGAAGAAGCAGCGUGCCAGCGUGGACGCUUUGGGGCAAGAUCGCAGUGCAGGGUUCCCGAGCGCCUUGGGCGAUGUGCUUGGUAGGGCUACAUCAGAACAACAAGCAAACAAUGUCGCCCAAUCCUCGGGUGCAGUUUUCGGGCCCAAGGAUGAAGACGAUGAGGAGCUAUAG